CAACAGUGCUGUAGUAUCACCGAAUCACCGAAUAACCGAAUCCACGAAUCCACGAAUCGGGCGGCAAUAAAAUUCAAUUUGGCCGGAUUGCGUUCGUCUGGGAUUUUUCGGUGGAUCGACGCUGGAUCUUUUUUGAGUGGACUGCGCAGCGGCGCUAAACAAAAAGCUCUGCGCAUGCGCCGUGGGCUGUGUAACCGAUUUUUUGGCCACUGCUAAAUCAUUGAAGUAACUUUCGUCCGCAGUCAUUUGCUUAAAGUUAGUGAACGUGCUAGUAUCGCGUAUCUGGCGGCGCGGCUUCCAGACGACAACAAAAUAAACCAAAACACGCACUUGUGCCCAAAGUUUACCAAACUUUUGCUGCUUUUUUUUCUGUAACGAGCUUUAUUAAGUGUUUUUUCUUAUUUUGCGAAUAUAAAAAUAUGCAGUUCACCAGGAGCCGUUUGUUAUUAUCGAUGGCCGUGCUAUCGGCAUUGCUAUCGUUAUCGCUGGGCUUUCCCGCUCCUCAGCAAAGCAACUCUGAACUGGAGGCGAAUUUCCAGGAUACCAGCGAUCCCGACUUGAAUCCCAUCAAUGCAGAGGAGGUGUUAGGUGUCCAGGAGCGCAACAAAAGAAAACUGCCCGAUGCCACAUUCGAGGCUAAGAACGCAGUGCUCGGCUUUGUGUUUGGCAAAAUCGACAACUUCCUGGACACAAAGACGCGGGUGAUCGAGCAGCUGGACCGCGCGAACAUCGAGAAGAACAAGCAGUGGGACAUCAAGUCGCCGGUGCCCAUCAAGGACUUCCAGACCCUCAUCACCGCGGUGGUGUCGCCGAAGAUCCGUUCGAUUGGCAACAUUGCCAACGACCUGACCACCGGUGUCCUGACCACCAUCACCGCCUUCAGCGGCUCCUCGUCGGGCGGCGGAAAUGCGAACGCCGGCCUGGGCAACGUGGUGUCCAAGUUCCUCGGCUUCUCGGGACCCAUCCUGCAGGGAUCCUCCGGCGGAGUGAACGGUAUCGCCGGCGUGACGACACCUGCUCCCGAUUCCGAUGAGGCGGGCUACUAGGGGUGAUCACAUCAUAUCAUAUGUACCAACGAUCCAAGGCCAACUAAUGGAAGCUGUAAUUUAUCGUUGAACCCCUAUAUCUUCUUUUCCUUCCCUUCUCCUCCUCACAUCCAUCAGAAUCUUUGUUGAAUUUCCAACCCCAACCCCAAAAACCCUCGCUCGAAUCGUUUUUAUUUUUUUUGUUUACACCCUAGUUAAGUUUCAUGUUUGUAAAUAUUCGGCAUAAACAAAUAUAUAUAUUUUAUAGAGAGAAUUCCACGACACCACACAAAACGAAUAAAACCGAAAACAGAAAAAAAA